AUGGCCAACUCUGCCUUUGCUCCUCUCUGUACUCCUCCUGCUCCUCUCACUACUCCUCCUGCUCCUCUCUACUCCUCCUGCUCCUCUCUCUACUGCUCCUGUCUACUCCUCCUGCUCCUCUCUACUCCUCCUGCUCCUCUAUCUACUGCUCCUCUCUACUCCUCCUGCUUCUCUCUACUCCUCCUGCUCCUGUCUACUCCUCCUGCUCCUCUCUCUACUCCUCCUGCUCCUCUCUACUCCUCCUGCUCCUCUCUACUCCUCCUGCUCCUCUCUACUCCUCCUGCUCCUGUCUACUCCUCCUGCUCCUGUCAACUCCUCCUGCUCCUCUCUCUACUCCUCCUGCUCCUCUCUACUCCUCCUGCUCCUCUCUCUACUCCACCUGCUCCUCUCUCUACUCCUCCUGCUCCUCUCUCUACUCCUCCUGCUCCUCUCUACUCCUCCUGCUCCUCUCUACUCCUCCUGAUCCUCUCUCUACUCCUCCUGCUCCUCUCUCUACUCCUGCUCCUCUCUCUACUCCUGCUCCUCUCUACUCCUCCUGCUCCUCUCUCUACUCCUGCUCCUCUCUCUACUCCUGCUCCUCUCUACUCCUCCUGCUCCUCUCUACUCCUCCUGCUCCUCUCUCUACUCCUGCUCCUCUCUACUCCUCCUGCUCCUCUCUACUCCUCCUGCUCCUCUCUCUACUCCUGCUCCUCUCUACUCCUCCUGCUCCUCUCUACUCCUCCUGCUCCUCUCUCUACUCCUGCUCCUCUCUACUCCUCCUGCUCCUCUCUCUACUCCUGCUCCUCUCUACUCCUCCUGCUCCUCUCUACUCCUCCUGCUCCUUUCUACUCCUCCUGCUCCUUUCUCUACUCCUCCUGCUCCUGUCUACUCCUCCUGCUCCUCUCUCUACUCUUCCUGCUCCUGUCUACUCCUCCUGCUCCUCUCUAUUCCUCCUGCUCCUCUCUCUGCUCCUCUCUACUCCUCCUGCUCCUGUCUACUCCUCCUGCUCCUCUCUACUCCUCCUGCUCCUCUCUCUACUCCUCCUGCUUCUCUCUACUCCUCCUGCUCCUCUCUCUACUCCUCCUGCUUCUCUCUACUCCUCCUGCUCCUGACUCUACUCCUGCUCCUCUCCACUCCUCCUGCUCCUCUCUACUCCUCCUGCUCCUCUCUCUACUCCUGCUCCUCUCUACUCCUCCUGCUCCUUUCUCUACUCCUCCUGCUCCUGUCUACUCCUCCUGCUCCUCUCUCUACUCUUCCUGCUGCUGUCUACUCCUCCUGCUCCUCUCUACUCCUCCUGCUCCUCUCUGUACUCCUCCUGCUCCUCUCACUACUCCUCCUGCUCCUCUCUACUCCUCCUGCUCCUCUCUCUACUGCUCCUGUCUACUCCUCCUGCUCCUCUCUACUCCUCCUGCUCCUCUCUCUACUCCUCCUGCUCCUUUCUACUCCUCCUGCUCCUCUCUCUGCUCCUCUCUACUCCUCCUGCUCCUGUCUACUCCUCCUGCUCCUCUCUACUCCUCCUGCUCCUCUCUACUCCUCCUGCUCCUCUCUCUACUCCUCCUGCUCCUCUCUCUACUCCUCCUGCUCCUCUCUCUACUCCUCCUGCUUCUCUCUACUCCUCCUGCUCCUCUCUACUACUCCUGCUCCUCUCUACUCCUCCUGCUCCUCUCUACUCCUCCUGCUCCUCUCUACUCCUCCUUCUCCUGUCUACUCCUCCUGCUCCUGUCAACUCCUCCUGCUCCUCUCUCUACUCCUCCUGCUCCUCUCUACUCCUCCUGCUCCUCUCUACUCCUCCUGCUCCUCUCUACUCCUCCUGCUCCUCUCUACUCCACCUGCUCCUCUCUACUCCUGCUCCUCUCUCUCUACUCCUCCUGCUCCUCUCUACUCCUCCUGCUCCUCUCUCUACUCCACCUGCUCCUUUCUCUACUCCUCCUGCUCCUCUCUCUACUCCUGCUCCUUUCUCUACUCCUCCUGCUCCUCUCUACUCCUCCUGCUUCUCUCUACUCCUCCUGCUCCUGUCUACUCCUCCUGCUCCUCUCUACUCCUCCUGCUCCUCUCUCUACUCCUCCUGCUCCUCUCUGCUCCUCCUGCUCCUCUCUCUACUCCUCCUGCUCCUCUCUACUCCUCCUGCUCCUCUCUACUCCGCCUGCUCCUCUCUACUCCUCCUGCUCCUCUCUACUCCUCCUGCUCCUCUCUACUCCUCCUGCUCCUCUCUCUACUCCUGUUCCUCUCUACUCCUCCUGCUCCUCUCUACUCCUCCUGCUCCUCUCUCUACUCCUGCUCCUCUCUCUACUCCUGCUCCUCUCUACUCCUCCUGCUCCUCUCUCUACUCCUGCUCCUCUCUACUCCUCCUGCUCCUCUCUCUACUCUUGCUCCUCUCUACUCCUCCUGCUCCUCUCUACUCCUCCUGCUCCUCUCUCUACUCCUGCUCCUCUCUACUCCUCCUGCUCCUGUCAACUCCUCCUGCUCCUGUCAACUCCUCCUGCUCCUCUCUCUACUCCUCCUGCUCCUCUCUCUACUCCUCCUGCUCCUCUCUCUACUCCUGCUCCUCUCUACUCCUGCUCCUCUCUACUCCAUCUGCUCCUCUCUCUACUCCUCCUGCUCCUCUCUACUCCUCCUGCUCCUCUCUCUACUCCUCCUGCUCCUCUCUCUACUCCUCCUGCUCCUCUCUACUCCUCCUGCUCCUCUCUCUACUCCUGCUCCUCUGUCUACCCCUGCUCCUCUCUACUCCUCCUGCUCCUCUCUCUACUCCUGCUCCUCUCUACUCCUCCUGCUCCUCUCUCUACUCCUGCUCCUCUCUACUCCUCCUGCUCCUCUCUCUACUCCUGCUCCUCUCUACUCCUCCUGCUCCUCUCUACUCCUCCUGCUCCUCUCUACUCCUCCUGCUCCUCUCUCUACUCCUGCUCCUCUCUACUCCUCCUGCUCCUCUCUCUACUCCUGCUCCUCUCUACUCCUCCUGCUCCUCUCUACUCUUCCUGCUCCUCCCUCUACUCCUGCUCCUCUCUACUCCUCCUGCUCCUCUCUACUCCUCCUGCUCCUUUCUACUCCUCCUGCUCCUUUCUCUACUCCUCCUGCUCCUCUCUCUACUCUUCCUGCUCCUGUCUACUCCUCCUGCUCCUCUCUACUCCUCCUGCUCCUCUCUCUACUGCUCCUGUCUACUCCUCCUGCUCCUCUCUCUGCUCCUCUCUACUCCUCCUGCUCCUGUCUACUCCUCCUGCUCCUCUCUACUCCUCCUGCUCCUCUCUCUACUCCUCCUGCUCCUCUCUACUCUUCCUGCUCCUCUCUACUCCUCCUGCUCCUCUCUACUCCUCCUUCUCCUGUCUACUCCUCCUGCUCCUGUCAACUCCUCCUGCUCCUCUCUACUCUUCCUGCUCCUCUCUACUCCUCCUGCUCCUCUCUACUCCUCCUUCUCCUGUCUACUCCUCCUGCUCCUGUCAACUCCUCCUGCUCCUCUCUCUACUCCUCCUGCUCCUGUCUACUCCUCCUGCUCCUCUCUACUCCUCCUGCUCCUCUCUCUACUCCUCCUGCUCCUCUCUACUCCUCCUGCUCCUCUCUCUACUCCUGCUCCUCUCUACUCCUCCUGCUCCUCUCUCUACUCCACCUGCUCCUCUCUCUACUCCUCCUGCUCCUCUAUCUACUCCUCCUGCUCCUCUCUACUCCUCCUGCUCCUCUCUCUACUCCUCCUGCUCCUCUCUACUCCUCUCUCUACUCCUCCUGCUCCUCUCUCUACUCCUCCUGCUCCUCUCUACUCCUCCUGCUCCUCUCUCUACUCCUGCUCGUCUCUACUCCUCCUGCUCCUCUCUCUACUCCUGCUCCUCUCUACUCCUCCUGCUCCUCUCUCUACUCCUCCUGCUCCUCUCUACUCCUCCUGCUCCUCUCUCUACUCCUGCUCCUCUCUACUCCUCUUGCUCCUCUCUCUACUCCUGCUCCUCUCUACUCCUCCUGCUCCUCUCUACUCCUCCUGCUCCUCUCUCUACUCCUGCUCCUCUCUCUACUCCUGCUCCUCUCUACUCCUCCUGCUCCUCUCUCUACUCCUGCUCCUCUGUACUCCUCCUACUCCUCUCUCUACUCCUGCUCCUCUCUACUCCUCCUGCUCCUCUCUCUACUCCUGUUCCUCUCUACUCCUCCUGCUCCUUUCUACUCCUCCUGCUCCUUUUUCUACUCCUCCUGCUCCUGUCUACUCCUCCUGCUCCUCUCUCUACUCUUCCUGCUCCUGUCUACUCCUCCUGCUCCUCUCUACUCCUUUCUGUACUCCUCCUGCUCCUCUCACUACUCCUCCUGCUCCUCUCUACUCCUCCUGAUCCUCUCUCUACUGCUCCUGUCUACUCCUCCUGCUCCUCUCUACUCCUCCUGCUCCUCUCUACUCCUCCUGUUCCUCUCUCUACUCCUCCUGCUUCUCUCUACUCCUCCUGCUCCUCUCUCUACUCCUCCUUCUCCUCUCUAAUCCUCCUGCUUCUCUCUACUCCUCCUGCUCCUGUCUACUCCUCCUGCUACUCUCUACUCCUCCUGCUCCUCUCUACUCCUCCUGCUCCUCUCUGUACUCCUCCUGCUCCUCUCUGUACUCCUCCUGCUCCUCUCUCUGCUCCUCUCUACUCCUCCUGCUCCUCUCUACUCCUCCUGCUCCUCUCUCUACUCCUCCUGCUUCUCUCUACUCCUCCUGCUCCUCUCUCUACUCCUCCUUCUCCUCUCUAA